UGUUCCUCCAUUAUAUAUUUACACUGCCCCGGGACAGUAGCUCCAGCUGUAUACUCUCUCCGGAAGACUUCUGUCACUGCCAUUAAAGUUUGUAGCCGACCUUGUUGCUCGUCUUCUCCCCCUCACUGCCAUUAAGUAUCUGUUGAACAGACUUCCCCUUUCCAUUCCCAAAUUGCAGCGGGGAUGGACCGGAGUACGAGUGAAAACAAGUACCGCCCGCCGCCAAGAUUUGAUUUUGAUGCUCUAGUGUCGAUCAAGCCCCGAUUUUUAGAGGUUCCGUUUCGGAAAAUUUUGCAGAUGGAGCUUGUGGAUACGGAUCCAUGGCUGCGGGCUUCAAUGGAGGCUAUGUGGCGGCAGGGAGUCCCCGCGUUCACAGAGGGGGCGUGGGGUGCGGAGCUUGUUUCCAGGUUGGAGAUGAGAUGCAAGAACGCGAACAUCUGUAGCAGAGGAGGAGUGAAGGUGACAUUGACAGACCUCAACAAGAGCAACAGCACCGAUUUCGUCCUCAGUGGCCCCGCUUUCAUGGCCAUGGCGAGGAAUGGCAUGGCGCGAGAACUCAACAAGCUCGGCAUUCUCGACGUGGAAUACAAGAGGAUUCCUUGCGACUACGAGAGCAAGAAUCUAUCGAUCAGAGUGGAGGAGAACAGCAGGAGGCCAAACUACUUGGCCGUCAAGUUCGUGUACCAGGGAGGCCAAACUGACAUAGUAGGAGUCGAUGUAGCCCGGGUCGGUGCGUCGAAUUGGCAGUUCAUGAAGCGGGAUUAUGGUCCGGUGUGGAGCACGAGCCGCGCGCCGGCUGGGCCGCUGCAGUUUCGGAUGGUCGUGACCGCCGGCUACGACGGCAAAUGGGUUUGGGCGCGGACCGCAGUCCUGCCGAGUGACUGGAACGCCGGUUCGGUCUACGAUUUGGGGGUUCAGAUCGACGACGUCGCCCAGGAAGGGUGCGACCCUUGCGACACGCGAGACUGGAAAUGACGUCAGCACAUCUUUUUUUUAAUGUAUCUUUUCUCCUUGUUUUAAGGCAAGAGUCUUGUAAUGUAUGUGUUUUUUAUGCCAUGAUUAAAAAACAAAAAACAUCAUCCAAGAUUUACUGCAAGGAAAUCUGGAUAGAAAA